AUGGAAUCUCACACUGAACCGCUUAUACUUUCAAUUUCGGAUCUUCCCAAGGGUUUGAAACCAUUUUCUCCAACCUCAUCUCAUUUGACCACCGGUAGUGCCGAUGAAACUCAACACCAACAUAAGACAGAGAGAAGUGAGAGUUCCAAGAGAGUAGCUGGUCCUCCCUUUGAGUCGUAUCAUAACCUUGAUUCUGAUUACAAGUCAUUGUACACACACACCACAAUUUUGAUUGAAACUAAGCAUCAGCUCUGCCAAGCGACCAUUCUUCUUCUCGACUUCUUCUUCCUGACUCUGAAUCCAUUGUUGAUUCUUCUUUCUGAAAGGUUGUCAAGUGUGAAGAAACGGUUUGAACUUUGGAUAUUGGAAUCAGUUUUCUCAAGGAGUCAAGGUCAAGGAUGUGAAGACUCAAGAACUAUCAAGAACUUACUUUGCCAAACAGGCAAAACAGGUAUUUCCAAUCGAGGUGGGCUUUGCAUGGUUUCUUUUAGCAUUUAAUGGGCUUCAGCCAAGUUUUCCACGAGGAACUGAUGUACACUAAACCUUAUUUUAUUUUAUUUUUCUUUUCGUGAUGAAUUCCACAAGC